UCAUCAUGUAGGCCGCACAAGCGCCUCCGGGUCUGGCGAAUGGCAGGGACACGCAUGCGCAGCUGUUACGGACUGACGAACGCCAAACGCAUAAAAGCCACGCUCGAUCAUCUUCUUCUUCUCCUCCCUUCAUCUUUUUCCUCAUCUUCGCUACCUCACCAGCCCUAGGUGGGCAAUGCCUCUCUCUGCCUGAUCUGCGACGCUCUUCGCUAUCUGCGCAAAGCAGCUGCUCACUGUCAAGCAUCAGGCACAAACCUAUCAUCACCCCCAUCACUAGACCUCGCCAUGCGCUCGUCGUUUCUCAUCUUGCUGCUUUGCUUUGUGCUCUCAGCUAGCGCAAUUCCCGUCGAUUCAGUCGCUAUCGGGCCACGUCAGGUCGUCUCCCCUCGACACGAACCGGUCGCUCUUAGAGACGGCACGGAUGCCGGCUCGACCUUGCGCAAUGCGCUCUGGGGCCUGCCUGCACUUACCAGCUUUCAACCGCCGUGGGAGCAUCGCAAGCGUGCAAACGUGCAAGACCUGAGUGAUGAACUCAGCAUUCAAAAGCAAAAAAGAGUCGAUGCAUUCAACGAUCUUGCCAUCGAGUGCCCAGGUUGCGUAGCAGAGGGUUCCGCUCUACCCGCUUUCCAAUUUGACAUCAACGAGCAAGGCAAAGUUUCUUACAAAUGGAUCGAUUGGGGCUUUUGGGGCGAUCCUAUCGCAAAGCGCUCGUCUUUGCACGACGCGCCAGAAGGAGUUCUCGCAGCGGACCAUAUCAUCGGGAAGUCUUCGACCGAGGAGCCUCUGUGGAGACCAAUCAAGAUCAGCUAUCCUAUCUGGCCUCAAGGAUCCGAUGGUGGACAUUCGUGGUAUGGCCCACGUGGAAGACGCCCACGCGCCUUGAAGGAGAACAUUCUCGAGAACCGCUCGGGCACGUCAGAGACCAUCCGACCAAGAGCUGCAGAGGCUGCUGUCCUCGAGAGCCUUCCUAGCGGCACCAUUACCCGCAGGCAGGUCGGAGGGACUUCGGACAAGAAGCGUGCAGAGGUAGCCGAAAUUUCAGGAUCCCAAGUCAAUGAGCAUCGCAGUAUCGACCUCGGUGUCACGCAGAGCGGACUGCGCGUCCACAGCUCGAGAUCGGAGCUUCCCGACUUCAAGGAAGCUCUUCAGGAAGCGGCCAAAGGAUGGGGACUCUUUGGACAGAACUGGGGCAAACGUGGACUGUUCAAGCGAUCGUCAUUCCCAGAAAGCACCACGACGCGUGAGAAAAACCUGAAUGGCAGGCGGGCGGACUUUUCGGAUGAAGAGGCAGAACUUGGCUUUGCCCAGCCAGCUUUCGCUGCAACCAUCUACGGGCGCAAUACUGCGACCGAGGAAACAGAGCUGGGGGCCGCGCAGCCUGACUUUGCGAUCCCGAUUUACGGACAAGGCGGAGCGCUGGAAGGACGCGACCCCGGAUGGCCUCUGGUGAUUGGCAACGCAAAGAAAGGAGACAAGGGUCAGACGUGGGGACGCCAAGACGUGAGCUCGACACAAGACGCGAAGCGUUGGGUGUUACCAGAAGAUGGUGCAGAUGUGGGCCGUUCCACGAUUCAGACGGCAAGGAGUGCGCAAGAUGUCAAGGACAACCAAGCUACAACUCGAGCUCCGUCACCCGCUCUAGACCUAGACAAGCGUGCGAAGGAAUUAGCCGUGCCCAUCAACGGUUGGGCCAACACUCGUGGGAGGCGUUCGCGUCCGCGCAGCGCGCACAUCACGCCUCGAGAGCUGGACGGCGAGCCACGCUUUCCUUAUCCUCUCGGCACUCCUUGGGGCGAGCGCUCGAUGAAUCAAGAGGCUGAUGCUGCAGUCUCCUCUCUCCUUGGGAUGAGGUCCGACUCUACGGUCGAGGAUGCUCACCAGUCGCAAGCAGGACAGCCCAUCAACGCUUCAAACCGGCUCAAGGGUCCGAAGUGGGGCUGGUUCACAUGGGCAGGAACGAAGCCCAUCAAGAGUCGCGACUCUGAAUCAGCUCCUGGCCUUGGUCACAAGGUUGUUGAAGAAGCGCGCGAGCGCGACGAUGAUCUCGACGAUUCGGACGAAUCGGCUAACAUCAAGCCCGAAAUCGAUCUCCUGGCGCCUUGGCCCGGGGUCAAAUACGCACAAUGGAUCAAACCACAUCCGCACACGCCCUUUGGACUCCCCGCAGAUGAUGGUUCGGGCUGGGGUAAACGCAAAAGAUCACUGCGCAAGCGCGAAGUGCCGCAAGAUGGUCAGGUAAGGCUCAAAAGGUGGAUUUGGGGCAUGCCUUGGGGAUGUAGCAAUUGUGAUGACGACGCUGCAGUCAUCUCGCGCUAGAGCUCCGUUCGUUGCUCUCCUUCCGCGUCCCGCUUUAAAGGUACGACCAGCUCCUUCAAUAC